GUAAAAGGUCACUAUUAGCCAAUUUUUUUUUCAAACUGAAUUACUUUUAUUGGAAGAAGUGUCAAUCAAAAAAGAAAGCUGAAGCUCCAAAAGUAUCCUGAGUAGAUAGUCAACCAGGGACCGAAUCACUCCUCGUAAAAAUUCACCUUGAAGUAGCCAGGCAACGUGUACCUCAAAUAGAACAAUUCUACCAUGUAAGCUGAUAUGAAAAAAAACUCCUGCCUCCGAGGAAUUUUCUGCCCAUACGAUAGCAACGAAGAAAUAUCGAGCAAGAAUGGUCGUCGACGACACCAGGAAUGCAGUGUUCACCAUGGGUCAUCAACCUCCACAAACAACAACAAUAACAACAACAGCAGCAGCAGCAACAACAACAACAACAACAACAUCAACAACAACAACACACCAACAAACAACGCCAGCCAUAAUCUAGACUACCCUAGGGUGAACGAUAACCCACACUCCACACUCGAGGGCCAUGACGAUGACACAUCAGACGUGGAAUUGCAUAGCCAUAGUAUGGACACACUUCCUCAAAAUGACCAAUCAUCUUUCGGAGGUGGCGCUAACUUUCCCAAGGUGAGGUUCAAACCCACGCCACACAUGAAAUCUAUCGCCAACGCCAAUUCAUCAGGUCUGUUGAUGAAAAUGCCUGUCAAAAGCACCCGGUUCGAGCCCCGACCUGCUCAGGUGCUGACUGGGUCUACCGAAUCAAUCAGCAGUGGAAGCAGGCGGGAUAACGCUCACUCCUCUUACAACACCACUGGCUCACCUGCUUGUUUUCAUCAGACAACUAUGAAACGCGCCGAGAGUUUUCACAGCCUGAUAUCAGUAGCUGACAGCUUCGAUGAGUCAUCCUUGCAAUACUACCCUGAAUCCAGCUCAUACCCUCGCACAACAGCCACUCAUAGCUACCCUACAACGUCAAACAACAUCCGAAGACAUGACAAUGACGUCAUCUCUCCAAACGCAUCCGAACUGCGCGAGUCGGAUGGCGGAGGUACGCCAUCCACAACUCUAGCUAGCGUUUCGUUAGACCUCGAGAAACGAUACGAGGAACUAUUGCGAAGCAAAGAAGAACGAGCAAACGAGUUAUCAGACCAACUGAACAAGUGUCAGUCGGAUUUGGUUGAGUUGAGGCAAGAAAUGGAAUCGUUAAAGGAGAAGCUGGAACUAGAGCAGUCGAUUUCAAGCAGCCGAAAAGGUGAAUUAGACGACAGUAGAGUGUUGAACGAGACGCUUGCGAUUGAGAAGUCGGUGUUGAAAGACGAAUUGGAAAGGAUGCGAAUGGAGAGUGAAAGUGAUAGGAAAAUGGUGGAAAAAUUGAAGACCGAAUUCAAUGAAAAAACAGAAAAGGAGGGUGCCUCGAACGAGAUGAGGCUACAGACAAUGAAGGAGUUCUACGAGGGGUGUGUGAGGGAGAGGGAGGAGAAGGUGAGUGGACUGCAGGUGCAGUUGGACCAACUAUCCUCCCAACACACCCACACUCUGCAGGGCUUGAGGAGGGAAUUGGAACAACUGGAACACAGGAUGGGCCAAUCAGGCGCCACUGCUACAGCAGCAGCAGCAGCAGCAGCAGCAGCAGCAGCAGCAGCAGCAGAAGCAUCAUCCCAAUCUCAAAAUGAUGUCAAUCACAAAUCUGAAGGCCAACAAAAUCUGACCACGUUCGGAAGACCUAACACAUCGUCAUUCAGCUAUAGCAAACACAGCAGCAGCAUCAACAAAUCACCUUUAACUUCACCAACCGGUGCAGCUAGUGCCAACAGUCCGCCAGGAUCGAAGGGUACAAAUUGGUCUGGAAUGGUGACAGGGUUCCCUGCUGGGGGUGACAGUGGCAGAUGGGAUGAUAGGGCGGGUGCGGGGAGUGCGUGUGAAGGACUGAAGGUGCGCAUUGAAAUGGAGCAGAUGAGGGUGGAAAAGGACGGGCUCAUAGCCGAAUUAGAGGAGCAGUUGGAGAGAGAGAAAAAUGAUAGAGAGGAAGUGGCGAGAAACCUCACGCAGGAGAUUGAAAGAAUAGUGGCGGAGAAGGAAAGCAACAGGAGUAAUUUCGAGAAGGAGUUCGCUCAGGUGCGUGAAGAGAAAGAGUGUACAAUAAACAAGCUACGCUCUGAGCUAGCAUGGCAGAAAGCAGACUGGGAACAAUGCCGAAGAAGACAUUUAGACGAACUAAGUCGAGUCAGAAAAGAGAAGCAAAUCGAAACAGAUCGGCUUCAAAGUGAGUUCGGCACGUUCCGAGACGAAGCAGAGACGGAAAAACGGCAACUGGGAGAAGAGCUGGAAAACGUGAAGGUUGAACGAGAUCAUCUGGUGAAUACAUUAAAGUGUGACCUGCAGCUGGAAAAACAACAUAAGCACGUUCUUCUUAGCGCACUCCAAAAUGAGUUGUGCGCAGUGCGUGAUCAGAAGUCGUACGAAGUGCUGCGGUUGAACCGUGAAUUGGAGCGAGUCAAGAGUGAAAAUGAAGAACGACAGAGGGAAUGCUCACUUCAGAUAGAUCAACUCAAUUCUCUCCAUUCUAGCGAGGUGGGUGAGUUGGAAAAGAGAGUGGCACUUCUGGAUCAAGAGAAGAGAGCUCUUGAGAGACAGCAGGAGAAACUAGUGGACAAGUUCAAACAGGACACCAGUCGGUCAGCUGACAAGUUCACUGUCAAGUACAGUGUGCAGAAGUCGAUCGAAGAUAGAGACAAGACCAUUGACCAACUCAGGCAACAACUCAGACAGGAGCGGGAGGAGAGUGGUCGCCAGGCGGGGGAGUUGCGGGACCAACUGAGACAGGAGAGGGAUGUGCAUGGGGAGGAGGUGUGCCAGCUGCAGACUGAGUUGGAGAGAGCGAGGAGGGAGAAGGACUGCAUUGGGGACAGUCUGAAAAGAGACCUCGGCAGGGCCAAACAGGAGCGAAGGGGCCUGGAGACGGGACUCAAAGGUGAGUUGGACAAGGUGAAAAGAGAUCGCAAUGUAGAAAUCGAGACCUUGAAAGAAGAACUGAGAAUGCUUCGGGACGACAACCGGCGUCUUAUGGACUCCAAAACGAACUCCUCCCAUGUCAGGACCCCUGUCAUUGCCCCUCCCCAUGACCUCGGAGGAGCCCCCACCCCCUCUUCAUCUUCUGCUGUUCCAGCAGGGGGAUCACACGCACAGGAAGAGGAACUGGAUUGGUACAGAGAGCACGUUCGAAAGGUCAAAGACGCAAAAGAUCGCGAAAUUAUUUUACUCGAGACUGAACUUCGAAAAGUCAGGCUGGAAAAGGACAAGCAAAUAUUGGAGCUGAAAGAAGAACUGAAAAAAUUAGAAACUAUGAAAAGAAGUGAAAUUGCUGCUUCCAAACGAGAUAUGCAGGUGCUACUUGAACAACAAGAACGGAAUUGGAAAACAAAAUUCUUUGUCAACAGUUCUGAGAACAUUCUAGAACAAGCGCCUACGCAUCCCUCGGAUUACAACCGGCCUUCGGGAAUGAACUCUUCGUCUAGGAGUCGGGCAUCGCCGAGAAGCGCAACCGGCUCUGAUAAUGCCGAUGAUUCAUCACCUUGCUACCGAACGCCAUAUCAUGCUCUAGAAGUGGCCAAAAACGUCACAUCUAAGCCUUCAAGCGCAUCAACCUUGAAGCCGUUCAAUCCACCCUCUAACGCGCGAACUUCAAUCGCUGCCGCGCUAGAUCCCAAGCAAGGCUCUUCGUCAACGACAACCCAUCAUCGCCGAAGUAACCAAGCGUCGCCGACGGGAACUUCACUCCUAACCCAACGAGCACUCGAGUCAAAAGAACGAGAAAUCCGAGAGCUCGAAGCCGAACUUGCCAGAUUACGCGAACGAGUUGGACCCAUUUCAGGUAACCCACUGAACGUCAGUGCACGCGGAUCGCGAAGCCGGGACUCAAGCACCUCGAGAACUGAACAAACCUUGACUGUAGACAACGGUGAGCAACACAACUCUAGACAUGGUUCCUCCGAUAGCAAUACAAUGCCACGCAAACACAAACGAGACCAUAGUAUGGACAGAUUGAUCAUGAAACAUCAUCAAAAUACGCGGCAUCAUGUGCCGAGAAACACGCGUGUAGACCACCAUAUCAGAAUGCAUAACGGUCCUUUUACCUCUCAGCAUGUUAGUAUACAUAGCAACAGAAACCCUUUAGUUGGUGCAGCACCAACAACAACAGGUAGCGAAAGCGACAGUGGUAUUAGCUCAACGAAUCAUACUCCAAAAGACUAUGCUAGCAUACAAGGUCCGGAACCUCUAAAUCCCCUCAGAUCAUCAAGUACGAUUACGUCAUCGAGCUACUCUCGACCAACUGUCAAGGCAUCCAGUGGAACCACUGCACAGGCGGGACGCCUCAAAUCCACAGCUAAAGUGUCCCCUUCCGUGCUUCCAAACAACCUAUGCGAGGAAAUUGAACUUCGCGAAGACCACAUUAAGAUACUAGAGUGCGAGAAGCAACGACUCGAAGAGUGCUUAACUUCAAAAGAUGAGAGAAUCCGACUUCUCGAGGCCCAAGUGACAUCGCAACAGCAGACGACGUCGUCCCAGAUGACAAGUCGAAGUGGCAGUUACCUUCCCCAUCACCAGACGGGUACCAUAAAUGGGACUGGGUUCUCCCAGUUGGACUCGGUAGACGGGUAUGACAAAGAUUCUUCCAUGCCAGACCACAGCCAUUUAUAUGCACCAUAUCAUCGGAAUUCCUUCGAAGGAACGUACGAGGAACUACCCGAAGUGAGCAACAACAGCGUCUCACCUCCCCCUCCCCCGCCAAUCAUCCGCAGUCCCUACCCCCAUCCGGUCAGCAACAGGGUCACAAACAGCAAGCGACAGCAGACAGACCACAACACUACCCUGCGGGGAUUUGUCAGCCCAGGAGGGGUAGUGGGGUUGAACCAGAGUGGUGCUAAUUGUGGGGGUGACUCAAGGCCAUCAAUAUAUGCGGCUAAAACUAUCCGAAAAACAACGGCACAGCAGCGAUCGGCUACGGAGGAAAACUCGAAAGCAGGCAGAGGCUUCAGUGAAUCACAACACAGAAACCGUGACUCACAUGGGAGUAGUGAGUCAACAGUCUCUCCGACAAUCGAGCUCUUUUCCGACUACCAACAGUCGAGUCACUUCGACCAGCCACUCAGUUCCCAACAGCACAAUGACAACUCACUCGGCAGCCAAUCAGAUUCGAGAACCUUCGAGGCUCUCACAGUGGCGACUGGGGGAAAUGAGAGAGAGCGAGGCAGUGGGGAUGACCAGUCGAGCGAUUGGGCUCAAUCGGUGCCCUCCAGGAAUUCGGCUUUCUCAGCCAGAAACGCCCGUGCCAACAAUAUCCGGACCACAAACAACAACAAUACCAACAACAAUAACCAAUUUCUUCUCAAUCAGUCAUCCGAACUCCAUUCCGAUGACGUCACGGCCCGUCAGAAAGUGACAUCAUCCAAUUCUCCAGCCCCCAGCAGCUAACAGUGAGAAUAGUUGGCAACAAUCGAAAACAGUAACAAUCCAAAUCGGCCCUUCAGCAGGUGUAAUAUGUUAUUAUAUAAGAAAACUAAUUAACGACAGACUGAUACCAAAAUUGAUGCCACUUAAUUUAUGCUAAUUUGGAUAAAAGCUGCCCCUCUUUUUCAAAAAUGAUAAUUUGCAAAAGAAUUAUUUUGUAACGUUUUGUAAAUUCGCAAUUCAAAUUUUCCAAUGUGCACAAUACCGAUGUUAUUUUCAUUGAGCUAUCCUAGCCCACUUUAAGCAAACAACUCCUCAAUUUCAUAAGACUAAUCGCGUCGUGUGAAGACUUGAAUGGCUCCAACACCGUUUUAGGGUUAUAGAAUGAAAAGAUUUAUCAUUUUUAAGUCGCGUGGUUAACUUUUUGUGUGGUUAUUCAUUUAAUGUAAAAAUGAUUGUGCUCAAAGUAAGGCAAAUUUCGCUAUAUUCAACAAAGACGGUGCAAAAAACGUA